AUCCUUGCCGCAGUUGGUCGUGUUUUUUAUCCUGGCCUGAGAACUCGGUCGGUGGAAGGCCCAAACCCAUUGGUUUACCACACCCCGGUACUUGGUGGUACUUAGUCCUUGAGAUAGAGACACCUACAAUAGAUGGGGCUGGAAAUAAAGUGUAGUGUCUUCUUCGUGCAGGUCCAGAGACGUGCAGCUUUUUGACUACAUUUAGGAGGAAAAGUGUGAUAAAAACGGUUCACGUUCUAGUUCGCUUGCUGCUGGAGAUUCCAACUAGGACAAAGUUGCUGAACCCAGUGAAGAAUCGCGUGUGUUGGUCUCAUUAUGGUGUGGUAUUAAAAAUUGUUUAAAACCGGAAAAAAGUGCUACCAGAUAAUAGCAACUACCAGUGUACACGUUGGCGUAAUGCUAGUUGCAUGAUUCCAGGCGAAUCUUUUUCUUCUUGCCAACAGUGAGUUUGGUGUGGUGCAUGAGUGUCUAAGGUGAAUAACAUGGGGAUUAUUAUAUCAAAAGUAUAAGAAGCAGUUUGUGAAGAAAUUGGAAAAUAUAAAAUUGAGCACGCCAGCGGUCAAACCAUCGUCUGCAGUGGGAAAUUGUGGUUCGAUAGUUCAAAGUGACGUGACUACCGUUAAUGCAGCCAUAGCACCGUUUGAUGGAAAGUGAAUAUGAGGAGAAGCAUUUUUGGGAAGGAAAUCCGCUUUCAUGCAGCGUGUGAACGCUAUAGGGAAAACUGAAUAGCGAAUUUUCUGACGCAGCGAAGUGGAGUGUGUAGUGAAAGUAUAUAUACAUUGUUUGAAGCUGGCGAGAGAACGCCAUCGCCAAUGUAGGCAGAAGCACAGAUCUGUGGUAAUUGUAUCUGAAUGGCUGGGUGAAUGGUUUUGGUGAUUAGUGCAAUUAGUCGACGAGAUUUUCCUGCGCUUAACGCAAUUGGUGUAAUUAUUAACUUAAACUAAUUGGUAAUAGUAACUACUAGCUGCGUCACCUGUGACAGCAGAUUUAAUUGAUGGUACCGGUUACAGGACUGCUCCGUGACUAGAUAAGACAAACAUGAUCGUGUCUUGACCGGAAAUUGCUUUUUCCCAUCCAUUGGCAAGUGAACUCAGGAGAACGCAGCAGCGAAAGAAGAGUGCACAACAACAGUGUGACAAUUGGCAGUCCGGGCAGGCCAGAGAAGACAGACCAGCACCAGCCAGUUUAGAUUCCAUUCAUCAUUAAGGCGGUUGUUGGUCGACUUUCAGUUCUAACGGCCGGCGACAGAAAAAAACGUCAAAAUUGUCGCCCCCACGGCAACUCGUCGACGGUGGUGGUGGUGGAGGUCGGUGGAGUCGGUGGACUGGGUGGCCACUGGCAGCAGAAGUAGAAGCAGAGGGCAGAAGUGGUCAGUAGCAGUGCUGUUCCGUGGACCGCUCGGUCUUCCGUUGCGCAACAACGCUGGCUUGCACGCAGGGAGAUGAGAUGAGGCUGCUACACGGCGUUAGUUUCAUCAUAUUCGCUGCCGUUUCAGUAUGCGCCGGAAAUCCUGAUGCAAAACGACUCUACGAUGACCUGCUCAGCAACUACAACAAACUAGUUCGGCCCGUUGUUAACGUUACAGACGCACUAACCGUAAAAAUCAAACUAAAACUGUCGCAGCUAAUUGAUGUGAAUCUGAAAAAUCAAAUCAUGACUACGAAUCUGUGGGUGGAGCAAACGUGGUACGAUUACAAACUCAAGUGGGAACCGAAGGAGUACGGCGGAGUGGAGAUGUUGCACGUCCCUUCGGAUCACAUAUGGCGGCCGGAUAUCGUGCUGUACAACAACGCGGACGGCAACUUCGAGGUGACGCUGGCGACGAAAGCCACCCUCAACUAUACCGGACGGGUCGAGUGGCGACCGCCGGCCAUUUACAAAAGUUCCUGCGAGAUCGAUGUGGAGUAUUUUCCCUUCGACGAGCAAACGUGUGUGAUGAAAUUCGGGAGCUGGACGUACGAUGGGUUUCAGGUUGAUCUUCGACAUAUCGAUGAGGUCAACGAUACGAACGUGGUGGAAGUAGGUGUGGAUUUGUCGGAGUUCUACACGUCAGUAGAGUGGGAUAUUUUAGAAGUUCCUGCGGUCAGAAAUGAAAAAUUCUACACAUGUUGUGAUGAACCGUAUCUGGAUAUCACCUUCAACAUAACGAUGCGCCGUAAAACGUUGUUUUAUACCGUAAAUUUAAUUAUCCCCUGCAUGGGCAUCAGCUUCCUUACGAUAUUGGUGUUCUACCUGCCGUCGGACAGUGGCGAGAAGGUAUCGUUAAGCAUAUCCAUCCUGCUGUCGUUGACUGUGUUCUUCUUGCUGCUGGCGGAAAUCAUUCCACCCACCUCGCUAGUGGUGCCUCUGCUGGGAAAAUUUGUGCUCUUCACCAUGAUCCUCGAUACAUUCAGCAUAUGUGUCACCGUUAUUGUGCUCAACAUCCACUUCCGAUCGCCUCAAACGCACACGAUGGCCCCGUGGGUCCGAACGAUCUUCAUCAACCACCUGCCGAAGCUGCUGGUAAUGCGCCGCCCCAUCUACCAGCCCCUGCAUCAUUUUAGUGCUGCUUCGCAAAGAUUUAUGUUGCGCUCGUGCACUGGAAUGGGCGACAACAUCCCACCGUUGCCACCGACGAUUGUUUUCGAUCCCUCGGUGCUGCUCGAUCAUCAUCUGCUCGAUUCCAGUGACAGCAUUAACACGUGCCGGCUGCAUGGAAGCCCGACGCAUCACCAUCAUCAUCAUCACGGAGGCGGCCACCAUCAUCACCAUCAUCACGGCCUGCGUGGAAUAGACCUGAUGGAUGACUUACCACUGCCCUAUCAAGAUCACAACCAUCACAAUUCCCCGAUGUCGCCGAUAAAUUUAAAUCUCCUGUCAUCGACGUCCAGCACGGCCGUCCCAAUUCCGGCAACCGGUGGCCUAUCGAGUGCCGGGGCAGCCCUCCUCGAUCCCCACAGUACCUUUCAAACGAGCCUGGCCGGUGGAAUGGUCGGGGGAUCCAGCAAAACUAGCACAAAUGUGAUAAUUAACACUGCAACUAACACUACUACUACUAGGAGUAAUCUAAGCUGUUGUAAUAAUCUUUUCCUCAACGACGGUCGAACUGGGUUAGAUAGUAGCGUUCAAUUACCGAGCAGUAACAUCGUGGGUGGUGUCGCUGACUCGUCAACGGCCGUUCCAACGGUGCCCAUUAUCAACACCACGGACAGUGGUCUAGGAGGAAGCGGCGGGGGAGGAAGCGGAGGAGGCACCGAUGGGAAGGACAAAUCCACGCGACAUCGGUGGCUCACAUGCCCGGAGCUGCACAAGGCGAUGGACGGAGUCACGUACAUCGCCGACCACACGCGGAAGGAAGAGGAGAGUACGAGGGUAAAGGAAGACUGGAAGUUCGUGGCCAUGGUGCUGGACCGGUUGUUCCUGUGGAUUUUCACCAUAGCGGUAGUGUUCGGGACGGCCGGAAUCAUCCUGCAGGCGCCCACCCUCUACGACACCCGAGUGCCGAUCGAUAUCAAGAUGUCGGAGAUUGCAACAACGACUGCGAAACCGUACAUUGCCAAACCUGUGUUAUAAUCAAGAAACACGCCAUCCGGCGCCACUUCCCGGCA